AUGACAGAUGUUCCCGUGGAUAGCGCGGCUGCGGCCCGGCCCGCUGCUCCCGAGGGGCUGACCCUGGCUGAGGAGGAGGAGCUGAGGUCGGAGCUUGCCAAGGUUGAAGAGGAGAUUGGCACUCUGAGGCAAGUGCUGGCUGCCAAGGAGAGACACUGUGGGGAACUGAAGAGGAAGCUGGGGCUGACUCCCCUGGAUGGGUUAAAGCAGAAUCUGUCCAAGAGCUGGCACGACGUCCAGGUCUCCAACGCUUAUGUGAAAACAUCUGAGAAACUUGGAGAAUGGAAUGACAAAGUGACACAGUCCGACUUAUAUCUUUCAGCCAGCAGCACACUGGAGGACUGGAAUGAAAAAUUAACUCAAUCAGAAGCUUAUAAGAAGACCCAGGAAACCCUUUCCCAGGCAGGACAGAAGACUUCAGCAGCUCUCUCCAAUGUAGGUUCUGUUAUCAGAAGGAAACUUGGUGACAUGAGGAAUUCUGCAACCUUCAAGUCAUUUGAAGACAGAGUUGGGACCAUAAAGUCCAGAGUGGUGGGCAGCAGGGAAAACAGCAGUGACUGCCUCCACUCCCCCUUGGGAGCUGGAGAGAAGCCUCCCCAGGACAACACUCCCUUCUAGACCUGUGGUGUGGCUGUGCACGACUGGGAGCAAGUCCCCCCUUCCCUCCCUCCCCAGUCUUCACAACAGCAACAACAUGCAAAUCCCAGGAAGGGGCUGAGAGCCAGUCUGGAGAGAUCCAUCCUUCAUUCAUAGACUGCUGCUGGAUCUAAGUCAAAUAAAGAGAAUGCAAAGUUUUGUACACAAAUAAUAUUUUACACUAAAGUUUGUAGGUUAAAUGUAUCACUGCUGUCCUUUUGGGAGAGCAUGUAAGAGGAGUUUCCUUUCAAGUAGCUCAGAAAUGCCCCUGGUGGAGAUAAAAAACA